UCGGUGAAAUGGUUUUAAAAAUGACUGACUCAGAAAGUACCUAACUCUAGAAACCUAGAAACCUAGAAAUAGGUACCCAUUUCAACCAAAAUUUUUCGUGAAUUAUCCAACAACCAGUGAAAAUGACAGAUCGAGUAUUGGUUUCUGUAAAGGAAGGAAAAAUUCGCGGCAUCAGAAGGACUUCCGAAUACUCAGGAGCUGUAUAUUAUUCGUUUUUUGGAGUUCCCUACGGACACCCACCUACAGGUUCAUUGCGAUUCAAAGAUCCUGUGAAAGCGAACCCCUGGAAAAACAUUUACGAUGCUACAGUUGAAAAACCAGGUUGUGUACAGUUUUCAGUAAAACUAUGUCGAUAUGCUGGAACGGAAGACUGUUUAUUCAAUAACAUACACACCCCUGAAUUGCCAACAAAAUCCACCCCUUUGAAACCUGUAAUCGUUGCUGUUCAUCCUGGAGGAUACCUUCACGGUUCUCCCAACGAAGAUGAAUUUGGAACUACUUCCUAUUUCAUGCAUCGUGACAUUUUAUACGUUAGUAUUGCACAUCGAUUGCAUAUUUUAGGUUUCCUGAAUUUAGGAAUAAAAGAAUGUUCUGGAAAUCAAAGUCUUAAAGAUAUAAUAUUGUCGCUGAGAUGGCUGAAAGAAAAUAUUAGCUCUUUUGGAGGAGACCCAGACAACAUUACUAUGAUGGGAAGUAGCAGUGGUGGGGCAACCAUUCAUAUGCUGAUGUUAUCACCACUAGCAAAAGGACUUUUCCACAAGGCUGUUAUCAUGGCAGGAAAUGCGUUCGAUCCAACGGCACUGUUUCAAAAUACAAAUGAAGAUGUCGCUGUCAAGCUAGCAUGCUCUAUGGGCUACAAAGGAGACCCGGAAGAUAAGAAAAAAUUAUUAUCAUUCUUCAAGAAAGCAAAUCCUGUACAAUUAAUUAAUGAACAGAGACAGCUUCUGGUGAAAGAUUUUCGACGGGAUAUUGCCUCCAUACUUCCAUGCGGAAUAUUUCUGCCAUCUGUUGACCAAGGAGAAAACGCCGUACUGCCUGAAUUUCCGAGAAACUUGAUCCCUUCCACGCAUCGAAUUCCAAUUCUGAUAGGGUACUGUGAGAGAGAAUCAGCGCUAGGGUUUGCUAAAGGAACGGUAGGAGAAAGCACCAAAAAAAAUUUCAAAACUGCGAUUCGUCAAAACGCUUGGGGCUGGGGACGUGACUUGACUGAUGAUGACAUAGAAAAGAUAAACGAACAAAUCGAAUCUUUUUAUUUUGACGGAAAGUCGAUAAAACAAGCAUCAUUAUUAAAAAUGAUUGAUGUUCAAACUGGUGCCGUGAUGUCGGACGUUUAUGAUGGUUUGAUUAAUGUGGUUAGCCCCGAUGCCCCCGUUUAUGUUUAUGAAUUUCAAUUUGAAGGCGAAAUUUUAACAAUAAAAAACGGCUUAAUGAAUUUCUACGAUGAACGAUUACCAGGUACUUUUCAUGGCGACGACUGCUUCUACUGGAAUUGUAUGAGCGAUCCAAGUGGUAGAACCAAAGAAAUAGUAGAUACGUUCACCAAAAUUGUAACAACGUUCGCCAGAAAUGGCGAUCCCAAUUUUGAAGAAUUGCAUGUUCAUUGGAGGCCUACAAAACCAGAUUCGCCUUGUUAUUUGAACAUAGAUAAUAAAAUAGAAAUGAUCGACAGUCGUUUGCAUGAAGAAAAAUUGGUAUUUUGGGACAAAAUCAAGAAGGAAUUCGGAAAAUAAGUCGAUUCCGGAGCUCCCGAAACCAGCUAGUAACAGCGAUGUUAAAUUAGGUCAUAAAAUCACUUCGUCUAGAAAAACUAUUUAAAAAUGGGAAUUAUUAUUGUCCAUGUCACAGACACCGUGAAUAAAUCCUCCAAGUUUCAAAUAA